CGAGUAAGAAAACCAACAAAAAGCAAAUCAACAGACCAACCAAAAAGGAGGCAUCAUUCAAAGUUGGAAACCUCUGCUCAUGAAUUUCUCCGCCACAGUCAGCCCGCCAUUCACACACUCACACACACAUAAAUUAUAAAUACAUUAUACAAAUUACACACACACACACACACACACACUACCCCUCAACCAAUCGGGGCGGAGAGAUCCAUCCUGAACGAAUUACAGCAGAGCACCACCAUGGAGGUCAGAGCCAGAGCUCCCGGCAAAAUCAUCCUCGCCGGCGAACACGCCGUCGUCCACGGAUCCACCGCCGUCGCCGCCGCAAUCGAUCUCUACACCUACGUUUCUCUUCGCUUCCCUACUCCCGAUGAUGAUGAUGACGUUCUAAAACUCCACCUAAAGGAUCUUGACUUAGAAUUUUCUUGGCCCGUUGGAAAAAUUAAGGAAGUUCUGCCCGAACUAGGCAGCCAAGAUACUUCGACUCCUUCAUCGUGUUCGUUAGAGAUAACGAAAGCAAUUGCUUCCCUAGUGGACGUACUCAAUAUUCCCGAGGCUAAUACUGGACUUGCUUCAGGCGUUUCAGCUUUUCUUUGGCUGUACACAUCCAUUCACGGUACUAAGCCAGCUAAAGCUGUAGUGAACUCCGAGCUGCCAUUGGGCGCUGGAUUGGGUUCAUCUGCUGCUUUGUGUGUUGCGCUCUCUGCUGCACUCCUUGCUCUGUCGGACUCUACGAAAUUGGAUUUUAGCCAUCAAGGUUGGCAAAUGUUUGAAGACAGCGAGCUUGAACUCGUAAAUAAAUGGGCUUUUGAAGGUGAAAAGAUAAUCCACGGAAAACCGUCUGGGAUUGACAAUACAGUAAGCACCUACGGCAACAUGAUAAAAUUCAAAUCCGGCGAACUGACUAGCAUAAAGACAAACAUGCCCCUCAAAAUGCUCAUAACCAACACGAGAGUCGGAAGAAACACAAAGGCAUUAGUAGCUGGUGUGUCUGAAAGAACAACGAGGCAUUCUAGUACUAUGUCUUCCGUAUUCAACGCCGUUGAUUCCAUAAGCAACGAAUUUGCCGCUAUAAUUCAGUCGCCGGUUUCUGAUGAUCUUGCCAUAACGGAGAAAGAGGAGAAGCUCGGAGAAUUGAUGGAGAUGAGUCAGGGUUUGCUCCAGUGCAUGGGUGUGAGCCAUGCUUCAAUCGAAACUGUGAUUAGAACUACGCAGAAAUAUAAGUUAUCUACUAAGCUAACUGGAGCUGGUGGAGGAGGCUGCGUUUUGACCCUUCUGCCAACUUUAUUAUCAGGGACAGUGGUUGAUAAAGUAAUUGCCGAGCUGGAAUCUUGUGGGUUUCAAUGUUUUAUUGCGGGUAUUGGUGGAAGAGGAAUGGAGAUUAGCUUUAGCGGUUCUUCGUAAUCGGAGCGAAGAAGUAACAAUCGAAAGUGUAAGAUUUGAACCUUUUUUAUCUGAAAAAAAUUCAAAUAAUAAUUUGCAGAGGUAAGCCAGCCCUCUUUAGUUUUUUUUUUUUUUUUCUUGUUUUUUUUAAAUGUCUGUACCGAUGUACGUUUGUAUUAGUUGUGCUAAUUGAUUUUCAGUUGUAUGAAAUGGUACGUGCAUCCUUGUUAGGUACUUGGUUUAGUAUCAUAUUUUGGUCGUGA